GGGCCGCCACCGGGCCGUUUCUCCCUCCAUCCAGCCAGAUCUCUUCCCCGUCAUUCAAGAUUGAAGCACCGCGUGGAGGGUGCCUGAUUGAGUGAGUGAGAGUGGCUGAAUUACACCCUAAAAGCUUCUCGAGGUUACAAGGGUACUAGAGCCAGAGAAAGACGAAGAAGAACAGAGGUACAGAACUAUUUCGCCUGCAGCGCCCCGCCACCGCCGCCUAAAGGUUUACCUACAGCACUCCCCCCACCACCGCCACUACCACCACCGCAGGCGCCUUGAAUUGAGCCGCAUCCCCGAAAGCGCACGCGACCAGCAGCUCCCGCCAUUCGCAACUCACGAGGAAACACAACGCAACGGGGUCAGUCAUUGCCCACGGUGGGCGGCGCGUGCAGCUUCGCCCACGGCCAUCAUGCCUCUUGGCGGCUGGUUUCGCUCCUCCACUCCGUCGGGGGCCGGCGACGGUGGCAAGCUUAACACCAACAACGGCGCCAUCACCAGCAGCGGCAGCAGCAGGAACAGCAGCAGCAGCAGCGUCGUCGUCGCCGCCGCCGCGACAGCCGACAAUGAUGCCGCGCAGGCCGUGGCGGCGCGCGAGCGCGAAAACCUGCGCGACGCCCUCGCAUGGACGAGCCUCAUUAUGAACGACGACAUCGACGGCGCCUGGGCCGGGCUCAAGCGCGGCGACUCGUCCUUCCACGACCUCGGCGAGGCCGUCACCUUCUUCAUGCGCUCCGUCCUGGGCUUCGAAAAGGACGUCAUGGCCCAGGCUGCCACCAAGCUGGCCGACUGCGAGACGCGCGCCGCCGCCGACCACCGCCGCGCCCUGCGCAAUCAUCACCAGCACCAGCACCAGCACCUCCAGGUUCAGGACGCAGCAGCAGGAGGACGAGGAGAAGGAGGAAGAGGCAGCUCGCAGGCACCGCGCGUGUACGCCCCCGGCACAGAGUACGACCUCGUCCGCGCCGAGACGCAGCUCAUGGGCGCCGUCGUGGGCGUCCUGCACGAGAGCCUCGUCGAGGCCAUGCGCAGCUUCUACAAGCUCCGCAAGGCGUACCUGAUCCUCGAGGGCAUCAUCGCCAUGGAGGCCGAAGCCGUGCGUGACGGCCGCUUGACUGAUGAGCGGGGCCUCGAGAGCGGCAGCAGCAGCGGAUCUGAAGAGGAGUUUGUCGAUGCCAAGGAGAAGCCCUCGGGGCAGCAGACGCCCAUUACCGGGACGACGACGACGACGACAUCAACAGCGGCAUCAUCAUCAGUGUCAUUCUCCGCCACGACAUCCGAUCCGCUCCCGGCGCCCAAGGAGACGCUCGAGUCCAACGGGACGCUCAACUCCAGUGGCACGCUCGAGGCCAAGACGGAGGCGCUGCAGCUCGUGAACGAGCCAUCACCGACAUCAGCAACGCCGCAGCAACAACGGAACGGCAACACAGCCAACGGCACCACUGCCUCCUCUUCCUCGUCGACAAAGCCGUCGUCGCCAUCCAGCAAGGGCGCGCUGCACGCCCGAAACAGCACCCACGACCCCAUCGACGUCUUCAUCCACUCAGGCGCCAACAUGUGCUUCGGCAUCAUCCUCCUCAUCCUCAGCCUCACCCCGCCGUCCUUCUCGCGCGUCCUCUCCAUCGUCGGCUUCCACGGCGACCGCGCGCGCGGCGUGCGCAUGCUCUGGCGCUCGGCCGCGCACCACAACGUCAACGGCGCCCUCGCCGGCAUGGUCCUGCUGGGCUACUACAAUGGCUUGCUCGGCGCCGUCGACAUUCUCCCCGACGCGCGGCACGACGUCGUCGACGACGACGACAAUAAUGACGCCGCACCAUCAUCAUCAUCAGAGGCCGUUGGCCCACCCAUUGCCCGCUGCGAGGCCCUCCUCGCCGACCUGCGCGCCCGCUACCCGGACUCGCAGCUGUGGCGCGUCGAGGAGGCCCGCCUGCUCGCCAACGAGCGCCGCCUCGCCGACGCCAUCGCCCUCCUGCGCCGCGGACCCGAGUCCAAGAUGAAGCAAGUCGCCGCCCUCAACAACUUUGAGCUCGCCGUCGACGCCAUGAUCGCACAGGACUGGCUUCUGAUGCGCGACACCUUUCUGCGCUGCCUCGAGGUCAACGACUGGAGCCCCGCCAUGUACUACUACAUGGCCGGCUGCGCGUCCCUCGAGCUGUACCGCGAUGCCGUACACGCUUCUGCUGCCGCUGCUGCUGCCGCCCAGGGCCGUGGUGGUGAUGACGGCGGGGAAACCGACAAGGACGGCGACGAGUCAUCAAGCGCCCGCAUGGCCGAGGCGCUCAGGCAAAAGGCCAAAGCCGAAGAGUUCCUCCGCAAGGCCCCACAGGUAGGCGGCAAGAAGCGCCUCAUGGCCCGGCAGCUGCCCAUCGAGACCUUCAUCCAGCGCAAGCUGGCCAAGUGGGAGGCGCGGGCCAAGGCGCUGGGCGUGCCGCUGGCCGACGCCGUGGGCACGAGCCCAGCCAUGGAGAUGUGCUACAUGUGGAGCGGCCACAAGCGCAUGGCCGCCGCAGACAUGGCUCGUGGAUUGGCCAACCUGUCGUGGGCGCGGUGCACGGCCGGCCUCGGCGACGACAGCAACGAUGAUGACAAGAUGGUGGCGCGCAUCCGCGCCGACAAGGACGAGAUGGCCGUGUGGGCGGUGAGCUCGGCCGCGCUGCUGCGCUCCCAGGGCAAGUUGGAUGAGGCGCGCGCGCUGCUCGAGGAGCAUGUCACGGCGCACGACCGAUCCGCCUUCAAAGGCUCCAACAGGGACGACUACGUGCUCCCCUCGGCGACGCACGAGCUCGCCGUCAUAGCGUGGACGGAAUGCCGCCAGGGGCCACCACCGCCCAAGCAGGGGCAGCCGACAACGGAAAGUACAGACGGGUCAGACGCCGCCACCACUACUGUGACAAAGGGCAACGCACAAGGGAGAGACGCAACGGUGGCAGAGGGAGAGGGCGUGGGCGUGGGCGACACACAGCAGCAGCAGGAGUGCUCGGCGGUGGCGGUGGAAGACGCGGAGGCGUGGCGGCGGCGCAAGCUCGAUGAGUGCCAGGCACACCUAGACAAGGCCAAGGCGUGGGAGGCGUACACGCUCGACGCACGGAUCGGCAUGCGCGUGCAGAGCGGGCUGGAGACGGUGGCGUGGUAUCGCCGCAAGAUGGGGUGGUGAGGGCGU